UACCCGGAUAUCUGACGUCAUCAUAAUGGGACAUUGCAGUUUGAGGACAUGACUUGUUGAGCCACAAGUGUGGGCUUUAAUAAGGUCCUUUGACACUUGAUUUCCAAAAUGUUUGCCUGUAAACGCAGCUUGACAACUACUGUGAUAUCUGCCCUCCGGGUUUUCCGCAUCAACCAGGUUGUUGUGCCUGGAUAUGUGCAGAGAUGUAUGUCCACACAAACAGACGGAGAGGUCCGCAUCGCAGCGGUAUUAAAGGAGAAGUUUCCUUCAGCCGCUUCGCUCAAAGUUGUGGAUAUUUCAGGUGGCUGUGGGGCCAUGUAUGAGAUCCACAUAGAGUCCAGUGAAUUCAAAGGAAAAAGGACCGUUCAGCAGCAUCAACUAGUAAAUAAGGCACUCAAGGAAGAGAUUCAAGAAAUGCAUGGACUGCGAAUAUUCACUGGUGUUCCAAAAUAGUUGAGGAAGUCCUUGCCGGUUGAUCCACAACCUAUUUCCUUGUUCACAUUGCCUAAUAUGAAUGUACAGUUUUAAAGAAGAUAUGUGUAGGUAAUGUACUCUAUGAUGAUAAUUGAUGUAUCAGAGGCAAAAACGCAUAGGGACUGUGUCUCUGCAAGUUAGCAUUAGCAGCGUGAAACGUGCAAAAUAUGUAAGGUCACACUAUGUUAUCAUUUUUAAAACCAAUGAGAUAUAUGCUACUCUGAUAAGUAAAUAAUAUAUAAAUCCAGUGAAGGCUACAAUGCGCACAAAACAACUUGGGAAAGAAGUAUUUUCCUCCCAAUCUGGGGUCUUCGCAGGGUUUAUGAUGAUAGUGGUGAAAAGUUGAUGAUGAAAUAAAUACUGCAAUGCCUAAUUUAGGAAAGUUGCUACAGACCCUUGUUUUUAGCUGUGAAAGAGAUCUUAUUGCAAUGUUAAUGAGAUUAUGAUCCCCAUGUCUGUUAGUAUCCCAUGUAAAACUGCCUGAUUUUAAAUGGAAUGCUAGUCAUCUGAUUGCACAUGGACCUUGAUUUCAUGCCACCUUUACCUUGAUAAUGCAAAUAAUGCAAUAAAAAGCACAUGCUUUCUCCUGAA